GUCUUCUGCGAUGGCCUUCCCCGCGCGCCGCUGCUCUGCUGUCGUGGCGCUGGUGGCGCUGCUGGUGGCCCUGGCGGCCCCUGCGGUCACCGCGCGCAAACUUCCGGUCAAAGGUGGAAAUUCAGACACAUCCGGAAGAAAAUGUUCUCCUGGUACAUCGUUUAAAUCAGAGGACGGGUGUAAUGACUGCUUUUGCACCCCAAAUGGUGUAGCUGUUUGCACUGAAAAAGAUUGCCUUCCCGUUCAGCCGGGAAGAUGUGUCCCUGGUUCAUCGUUCAAAUCAGAGGAUGGAUGUAACGACUGUACCUGCACUAGCAAUGGUACACCUAGGUGCACUAAGCGAGCUUGCAAUCCUGACCCGUCACGAUGUGAGCCUGGUACAUCGUUUAAAUCACCUGAUGGUUGUAAUGAUUGUUUCUGUGGAUCUAAUGGUGUUGCAAGAUGUACUUUGAGAGCAUGUGUAAAACCAAUUAAAGGAUGAUAACAAUACUCAUAUUGAUAUUCUUUACUACAGAUUUCAUAUUCUCAUUGUAAAUCAUUUUCUUUAUACAAUAUUGUUUUCAAAUUUCAUAAUCUCAAGCUUCUCAAAAAUUAAUGUAUACAUCCCAUACCAAUUUUUUUUAAAUAGUAACAUACUGAUAACUUUUGACGUUAUUGAUCAAAUUUUGAAACUUAAAUAUCGACAAUAUUUUGUAAUAUGGUCAGAAGGGUUCUUCAUUACUAAAGGUGCAUUUUACAUUAUUUGCAUUUGUAUUAUCAAACAUACCAGACUGAUUUUGACAACACUUCAAAUUGGGACAGUGGUUUAACACUAAAUAAUUGUAGAUAUUUUGUCAAAUAUAGUAUUGUUUAUUGUAGUGUGUCGGUAACUCACAAAUAGUAGGUAUUAAAGAAAUUAAUGUUUUGUGAGAUAAAGCUAGGAAAUAAUUUUUCCUUUCAGCCUUAUAAAAUGUGUGUGGUAAGAAGCAUGUAAAGGACUUUGAUACCUGCAAAGUACAACCUUGUUACGUAAAUAUUUUGAAAGUGUAAAACGUAACGUGCAUAUUGUAAAAUUAUUCUUACAGUUGUAUGAGAAAAGAAUCCUUCCUCUUAUUUUCUUUCUACCGAAAAAUAAAAAAAAAAUUUGCAUUUUACUAUAAUUUGUUUCUAAAAAUAUUGUUUAUAAUAGUCACCUUUCCCGUCACCUUUUUGAACGCAAUUACACCAGGAAUUCGUACGAAAUCCAAAUCGUGACUAUGUCACUGAGUGAUAAUGCUCGUUAGCUUAGUAGUCAGAGCAAUUGGGCUUAAAUCAGAAAGCGCGGGUUCUAAUCUCGGUCGGGGUGAUCAAUUCUUUGAACAAAUUUAAUUAUAAAAAUAUUGUUAAUUUUCAGGCGCA